AUGGCUUUCCUCUCGGCGAUGAAGUUGCAGGGACGUCCGCCACCGAUUUCGUCCAACCUCAACCAAAAUUCCAAACCUGCAAGUUCGGAUUCCGUUUCCUUUAACACCUCCGAACCUGGCUCCGAACAACAGCCUCGGAAAUUUAGCUCGAAGCUCAGUCGCUGGAACAGAGCACGGGCCUUAAAGUCCGGCGUUAAGCUUGACCGUCCGGUUAAUAAUGGUUCAGACAGCACGACCGGUCCGAGGCGUCCGAUCGUAAAUUCAAACCCCUCUGAUAUUUCGACACUAGACAGUGACGUGUCACCAAGUGACGGAGAAAUCGAAACGGAUUUGACGGCGGCUAAGUCGAUUUACAUAGUCUCUGACGGAACCGGAUGGACGGCAGAACACGCCGUUAACGCUGCCUUGGGCCAAUUCGAUUAUUGCUUGGUCGAUCGUGGCUGCCCCGUAAAUACAUAUCUCUUCUCAGGGAUUGAGGAUGGAGAGAAGCUAAUGGAGAUCAUAAAGCAAGCUGCAAGAGAAGGAGCAAUGGUGAUCUACACAUUAGCUGAUACAUCAAUGGCGGAAGCAGCCAUGAGAGCUUGCAAGCUAUGGAGUAUUCCUUCACUAGACAUGCUCGGACCAAUCACACACGCAAUCUCCUCACACUUGGGAGCUAACCCUUAA